CACAAAACGUAUCGUACAGGACACGCCGUCACCCCUGUCUGCUGUUCAUUCUGGUGCUAGUGAUCACGCAGACAAGAUCGCUUGCUUGUGGUACCGUGACUUCGGGGACAUUUAAUAUGGCCUAUCCCACGUCCCUCGUCUUACCCUGCACGAUCGUGAACGCGGUAAAAGAAGUUUUAAUUGCUGUGGUGGACAAGACUCCUGAAAUCAUCAGAGCCUUCAAGGGAGAUGGCGACGGAACGAUGAAAAGGGAAAACAAGGAACUUGCAGAGGAACUCUGUGCCCUUCGGAAGGACCAACAACGGACUUCAGAGACCAUUAACGCCCUAGUUGAGAGCCAAGAAAAGAUGAACCAAACACUCCGGCUGCUGAUAACACUGCUGACAGCGCUAGACAGGGCGCCUUCAGGGUCCCAGAGUGAUCUGCGAGAGAAUAUUCGUGGCGUUUUGCGUCAAGGGGGACUCCUCGAGGACUUUGGCGAGCGUGUGGACGAGGAAAAUGAUGAUUCAGCAGAUCUGCAUGAUGGCCAGGCGGCAUCGGGGCUGACCUGUUCAGUAUGCAUGUCGACCUACGACACGGACGGUCGCCUGCCACUUAUCUUCUCCAACUGCGGCCACACCUUCUGCAGUAGAUGCCUUAGGACGGAGAACCGGAAGAGGGUGUUCCGGUGCCCCUCCUGCCGUCAGGACCGCGACCAGUUCGGGGACCUGAAGCCCAACUACGCGCUCCUCGACGUCCUCGAAAUGAGAAGAGCCCAGGAGGCCAGGGACGACGAGGACGACGACGAUGAGGACCUCAAGAAGGGUCUCUGCAUGGACGACGAUGACCAGCUCGCCGUCGCCCUCCACUUGUCCCAGCAGGAGGCCGAAAAUAAGGAGUACAGGCUGCUAGUCGCCGGCUUACUCGACAUGUGCGCCCGAGAGCCGACUGGGGAUGGCGACGUCCACCUGGCGAAGGGCGGCAGGCAGAAGGAGGCAGAGGGUCGCCCGGGGAAGGAGGAGGAGACUGAGAAAGACUGGAAGACAAACUUGUGGCUUGAGGAGCAAGACCUGGAGCUGGCCAUGGCUAUGUCGCUCUCGCUCCAGACAAGUGAGGAGGAGGCAGCAGAAAAUCACAGAGAAUAAACGCCUUGCAGCAUCAUGGAAGAGUUAAAGACCUUUAAAGACCUCCGCGCACACACACACACACGCACGCAUGCACGCACGCACACACACGCACGCACGCACGCACGCACGCACGCACGCACGCACGCACGCACGCACGCACGCACGCACGCACGCACGCACACACACACACACACACACAAUGGAAACCUCACAUUGACGGUGUGAUUGUGAGGUAACAAUGAAUUGAAUCACCUACGUUUAUAUGAAGUACUACUUAUCAAGAGAAUGUCUAGUGUUCAUGAGCUUAUGAUAUUCGUGGGGAAUUUAUUCAAGUUAAUCGACAGAAAAUUCAAGUUGAUUCCUAUUUUUCGUAUGUUUCUCAUUUCUUCACUGAAUGUCUCAAAACCUGAAGAUAGGCCCCGUUAACAAAACUAAAAGGGUUUUAGGUUUAAAACUCGGUCACAAUGAUAUCUUCAUAGGGAGUAAGAAGGGGGGAAAUCUUACAACUGGAGCACCAAGAGAAACCUGGAAUAGAAAUAUCAUAGGCCUAGGAAAUGCGUUCAUUGUAUACUUGAGCAUUAAGUAUACGCACCAACUACCCACAAUACUGAAAAACUCGAUCCCAUUUCUUCGCCUUCGAGAUAAAAAAAAAAAAAAAAAAAAAAAAAAUCCUCCAGCUGAGAGAAUAAAUGUGGCGAAGUAUUUUGCCUCACAACGAAAAGUCCCUUUGAUUUAAUACCAACUUCAGUAACUUCUGAUUCAGUACUAACCUCGGAUCUUUAUGAAUUCCAUCACGUGCCUCAGCAUCAGCAUUAAUUUCUACAAUAUAAGUAUGUGUUUUGUUCCAACAGUAACAACAGUUUCAGAGUCAGCAACCAGCCUCUCCAUCAUGGGAAGCUAGGACUUGUUGCGAAAGUUAUUGCAGAAGACAGAAUAGGUGAACUAAAUUACUUUUAUGAACAUUAACAACGUAAAGUAGAGCCUGAAGGUCACUGUUUGCUGAUGGCCCACAGUGACUAACGUACCGGUAUUACUUGUAAAAUUGAUAAAGAAAAAAAAAAAAGUAAAAAAAAAAAUAUGAUUAAUA